AUGGAUUGCGGUAACCAGCAGACUGAUUGGAAGCCGUGCAUCGAACGCAAAAUUGCUGAUCAAGUUUUUGCUUCGUGCUGUGAACGUUUUGUGCCACCGGAAUGCCGAGGACUAUGCAUUUAUGAAAGUAAUGCAAUCGAAGCACGAAUUGUGCUGAUGCAUACCAUUCAACCGUCACGAUGCCGACUUUACAAGUAUCUCAGUUCAAUUGUGCAUUGUGCUGCACAAACACACGAUAACACAGAAUGUUGUGAAGAUAUGGGUGUACAUGAUCUGGGACCACAGUGCCUACAAAUGUGUCAACCUCAGGCAAAUCCUCGCCAAACAUGGGGAAUCAAAUCGUUGAGAAAGGAUUACGUUAUUUGUUUGGCAAAAUGGGAUCAAAUAAUGCAAUGCCAUCAUGCUGGGCUUCGGGCCAGAAAGGUUCCGAAAAAAGCUGCAGCCGCUGCGGCCAAAAAAACUCACUGA